UUGCGAACGCGGUGGUUCGGUUGAACGAGGGCGCGCGAACGGACGGGUGUCGCGAGCGCGGCGAAGCGGUGAAGGGGCCGUGAACGGAAGAGAUCGGCCGCUCGCUCGCCGGGCGUAGGCGAGGUUCCGUAACGACCGUGCGGUGGCGCACCAGGAAUUCUCGGCUCCCGGGGGCCCGGGCCGUCUCUCCCGACUGUCUGCCUCGACUUGCUGACAUGGCGUCCUAGCGCUGCACGGCCGAGUCGCACGUCCCCGCGGAGGCUCACCCCGAGAGGAUAGGGCGCACCCCGAGGAUGACAAGGUUACAAGAAAGGAGGGGCACGUGAUACCGGCUGAUGAAGGACGGAACGAGAGCGGGAUCACGAGCAAGGGUGUACGCCGUCGAGGAGCGCGAACGUAAGCGACGCAGCAGCACCCGCGGCCACGACCAUCAGGUCUGAUGUUAGCGGACAUCAACGGGAACCUGGCGGAUCUGAGAAGCGAAGCGAUGGCGUCGCAGAGGUUUUGCCUGCGCUGGAACAACCAUCAGAGCAAUUUACUUUCCGUGUUCGAUCAGUUGCUACACGACGAGUCUUUUGUCGAUGUAACCUUGGCUGUCGAGGGACAGCUACUCAGGGCACACAAGAUGGUGCUAUCGGCGUGCAGUCCCUACUUUCAGGCGCUCUUCGUCGGCCAUCCGGACAGGCACCCGAUAGUCAUCCUGAAGGACGUCCCGUACGUCGACAUGCGCAGUCUUUUGGACUUUAUGUACCGCGGGGAGGUGAGCGUCGACCAGGACAGGUUGACGGCGUUCCUGCGGGUGGCCGAAUCGCUCAGAAUAAAGGGGCUGACCGAGGUGAACGAGGACAAGUGCGACCUGCCGAGCAUCACGUCCUCCCUGCUCGGGGGGCAGAACGCGGUGCCGCCACCCCCGCCGAACCUGCACAGGAUAAACCAAAUCGGGCCGCAUCACCACGUCACGCAGAAGAGGUUCCACCACAUGUCGAGCCACCCGCUGUUGGGCUCGGCGCUGACCGCGCCCAAGCGGAAGCGGGGCCGGCCGCGCAAGCUGAGCGGCUCCUCGGACACGCCGAUGGGCGAGGGCGCCCCGGGCCAGGACCACCAGUCCGGCUCCGACCUGGUCCAGGGCUCCCCCGAGAUGAUGGAGAUGAAGAUGGGCCUCGACUUCCAGAGCGAGGGCACCCCCAGCAGCGGCGGCGCGACCGGGAACGGCGGCGGCGCCACCUCGGCCUCCGCCGCUGGCGCCGCCACCGGCCUCAACGGCAACGGCGGCGGCUCGGCCCCCUCGGCCGGCUCGGGGGCCGCGAGGAAGGACGAGCCCACGGAGAACGGGACCGACGCGCCGGAGAGCGGCAACGCGAGGGUGAAGCGCGAGCCCGAGCCGACCCCCAGCACCUCGGCCCAAGAAUUCACCGGCUCGUGCGGCAAGUCGGAGAUGGACACGUGGAAGGAAAAGGGGAAAGGCUCGAGUUCUACCCCGACGACGACGCCCACGACGCCGCACUCCCGCUCGGAGUCAUCCUCGAAGGUCUCGACGACGCCAACGACGAGCCCCGCGACGGCGCUGGCCGGCACGACGGCGUCGGGCCUGGCGGCGGGGAGCGGCGCGACGACCCCGACGGCCGCGACGGCGGCGAAGACCAGCGCCGCGGGGGGCGGAGGACAGGCCGGCAGAGGGUCGCACUCGUCGGGGGCGUCGGGGGCGUCGGGGGGCGCCGGGCCCGGCGCCAUGUCCGCGCCCACCGGGCGGCAAGUGCCGAAGCGGCGCAUGCGUAGACGCGCGACCUCGCAAUCGCAGGACCCGGCGGAACAGUUGACCGAGAUGUCGGUGCGCGGACUCAACCUCUUUCGCUACGCCUCGAUCUCCGAGGGGGUCUACCAGUGCACCGAGUGCGCCAAGCUGGACAUCCAGAAGACCUUCAAGAACAAGUAUUCCUUCCAGCGACACGCUUUCCUCUACCACGAGGGCCACCAGAGGAAGGUCUUCCCGUGCCCCGUCUGCGGCAAGGAGUUCUCCCGGCCCGACAAGAUGAAGAACCACAUGAAGACGGUCCACGAUUGCUUCAUGCCCAAGGACUGCGUCAUGCCCUUCGGGUUCUACCUGCCGCCUUAGCGGACCCCGCCGACUCCCCUCGCGUCCCGUCCCCCGAUUCCCCCGGCCCCGACGCGUCCCGAGAGGCGGGCGGACGCGCUUCGUGAAGACUGCCGGUAGCUCCGUACUUUCCACCGAGGCGGUGCUCGAGCUACCGAUGGUCCGCGCAGUAUUAACGCCGUCACCGCUCCGCCAACAUUGUCUCGACCACUUCUUGGUGCUCGCCCCUACGCCGCUGCGCCCCUUUUGCUUCUUCUCACGGUUCCCACAUCCCGUCUAGUCAAACCCUCCGCGGCUCUGGCUCUGGCUCUGACUCCGAUCGUCGAUUUCGGGUCGUUUGGUGCAGGGCUGCUGUACCGCGGAAUACCCGCCGACCAAACGCUCUCGGGAGAGACUUCAGUGAGUUACGUGCCAUCACCUUUGCCUACACCUUCGCCCCCGUCGCUCCUCCCGAGCCCGAUGUUUAUCGCUGCGUCAUUUCCAAUGUUAAUCACGGCUGAUCGCUUCGCUUCUUCCCUUCUAACGUUGUCGAACCCACCUUUCGGAACUUUUAAGCCCUCAAACCCUCCGUUCCGAAACUAAUCGGUCCAUCACGGACGGUUUCAUAGAUCGCUUAGAUUUUAAGAUUUACGUAUUCCGUUGAAGAGAGCGCAAGAGGUCAAAAUAUAACUUGCACGUUUUAAAAUCCCCGUAUUAAUGGAAAUCGGUAUGGGACGAUAUUUUGGGUGAUAUCUUAGAUGGUUGAGUUUUGGACACUAUUUUCAUCGGUAAGGGGUGAGCGCGGGCGGUAAAUGUGCAGCGUCCGCGUGAGAGGUGUAAUUGGCAAUGGAUGUUAUCGUAGUAUUUAACGCAAUCUAUUUCGACGUUAACUGGAAUCGGAGCUUGAUUAAACGCGUCUUAUAGGCAUAUUUCUAGAGACGUCCGUUAGCCUUUAUUUUACCACGAUUUCUUAUAUUUUCCUUUAAAAUGGCGAUGACGUAGUGGGUUUACAGUUUUGACGGGAAAAAAUCAUACGUGCAAUGCGACAUUUAAGUUUUCUGAGAUUUUUACUGCACCGUUUAUCUUAUCAAGGGGGAGAAAAUUACGGAAAAUGUUAGCGCCGUCCGUCGCGAAAUUGUUUAUUCGUUCUGCAUUUUUAUCGUGGGUAGUUUUGGAUAGGCUAUGCUCUCUCCAAUAGUACGAAGUAUGCUUUAGAAGAACUGCAAGAUCAGAAUCGCGUCGAGGUGGUCGAGGCGACGCUGCCGAUGCUCGUUAUCGUUGCACUAUGCAUAAUCCCUUUUUAUUUUAUUAACAACUUAUCCUUUAUUUCUUAUUUUUCCUUUGCUUCCUAAUUCCACUUCAGCCUCCUCGUUCGCCCUCGUUCUUUCCUUCUUAUGUUUAUUCUACGUAUAUACACGUAUGACACUCUCGUCUCGGUGAAACUUCGUUUUUACGGGACAACUCAGCUGUUACCGUGAGAUACGUUAUUGAAACACAAAGACGACUCUAUUUUAUAUUAAUGAGAUAAACGUAUAUUUAAC